GCGUCCGAGGCAAAGUCAUCAAUUUGAUCUUAGCAAUCAAACGACCAAACCAAAUCAACAUGUUCAAAUACGUCGUAUUCGCCGCUCUUUUGGCUGUAGCCUUCGCCGAUCCCGAACCUAAAGCUAAACCAGGUGUUCUGGCUGCAGCUCCUCUGAUCGGUGCUCCAUUGGCUUACACUUCGCCAUUGGCUUACACUUCACCGUUGGCUUACUCCGCCGCCUACUCCAGCCCAAUCGUUAAGACCGCUUACGCCGCUCCAUACGUAGCAUCUCCUUAUGCUUACUCCGCUGGAUACGCUUCACCGUACGCUUACUCCGCUUACUCUCCGUACACCGCACCAAUUGUCAAAUACUACUGAAAACAUCCACGAAAUCCAGGAAUGAAAUAAAGACUAAAUAACUCUGA